AUGGCUUUCGGUAGACACAAGCGCGGUGGCUCCGGGGUAUCGGAUCCCUCUACGAUGGGAGAGAGUCGGAGUAAUCGUGCACAGCUGCCAAUGCUGCAGAUGCCCGACAAAUUCCGGUAUAACCUGCUGUGUGUCUUCGGCGAAUUCGUUGGCACGUUUAUGUUCUUGUUGUUCUCUUUUGCUGGAACCCAGGUUUCCAACACACCUAAGGCUCCUGAUGGGUCACCUCCGAACACCUCCAACUUGCUAUACACUUCUCUGUGUUUCGGUUUCUCGUUGACUGUCAAUGUCUGGGCUUUCUUCCGUGUCACUGGUGGUCUUUUCAAUCCCGCCGUGACUCUCGCGCUCUGUCUUACUGGUGGCAUGCCUGCGCUGCGCGGUCUCAUGGUUUUCCCUGCCCAGUUAGUUGCGGGAAUUGCCGCGGCUGGUGUGGUGAGCGCCAUGUUCCCGGGUGCACCAAACUUCACGACUCGUCUGGGCGGCGGCGCCUCCAUUUCCCAGGGUCUUUUCAUUGAGAUGUUUCUUACCGCGCAACUUGUCUUUGUGAUCAUCAUGCUUGCUGUCGUGAAGCACAAGUCAACCUACCUGGCUCCAGUGGGAAUUGGUCUUGCAUUCUUCCUGUGUGAGCUUGUCGGUGAUUAUUACACCGGUGGCUCCCUCAACCCUGCCCGUUCCCUCGGUCCAGACGUGAUCAACCGCCAGUUCCCCGGAUAUCACUGGAUCUACUGGGUUGGCCCUCUACUCGGAUCCCUGCUGGCUUCUGGUUUCUAUCAUCUACUUUGCUGGUUCCGCUGGGAGAAUAUUAACCCGGGCCAGGAUUACAACGAGUGGGAGACUAAGGCCCGCACAAACUCCAUACUUUCUGAAAACACCAUAACUGAUCAUGUCCACGGCCCUUCUAACGACUCCCAGGAUUGA